GAACCAUGGCAGAAGGUGAAGGCGCAGACGACCUUCAGACGCUCAUCCGAGCGGAUGACCUCGAGGGCAUCACUGAGGAGCCAGCCGCUAGCAGCAGCGGCAGCAGCACAGUAAUCCAUAACCCUCCAUCCCUGCUGCAGGAGGUUCCUCCUGUCUGGCAUCUUCCUUUCCAGUGCACGGCUCUUGUGCUGGCCACUGCUGCUCUCGUUAUCCUCCUGCCUGUCUAUCUUGAGUGCAUCAACGUUGUGGGAGAUGCGUACUCAGCACUCAUCUUCACCGCCAUUUUCACCACACUGCCCAUCGUACUCUUCGUACAGCUUCACUACAGUUACUUCUGCCAAAUAUCACGCCUGGGGCCCUCGUCUCCCUCGGCCAUCCUCAAGACGGGCAUGUUCCACGGCAUGGCUGUACUGAUGAUCGUCUAUGCCCUGGACAGGAAGCGUGUCAUGUGUCAUGCACAGGAGCCUUUAAUGGGGCUUCUUGUUAUGUAUAUGAUUAUUAUAUAUUUCUUCUAUAAGGGUCCAGAACUGAGCUCACCGAAGAUGUUCUCGCUAUGUGGGGUUUUGGGCGGGUUGUUCCUAGCGAUGGACUACCAGUUGAACAACCUCUAUCUGUGUCAUGGCAAGAAUCGACUGAGCCCUGAGGACGAUGGCGGAGAGUGGAGCUCCCAAGCUCACGCACUCUGGACUAUAGUGUAUGCUGCAGCUCUAUUUCUCUUCACUCUGGCCUGGCUGUUACUGGAGAAGCAAGUUUUAACCAAAAAACCUGGCACAGGAGGGCUGAGUUUAGUGAGUACCGUGUCAGGAGGCAUGGCAGUUCCUGGCAGCGAUGGCGAGGCACUCAUAACCAAUCACGGUGGGAGACUAACAGCGACCAUUCCCAUCCAGAGCUCAUGUAAUGCCAAAUGGGGCAUCCACCUGGUGUGGUUCACUCUGGCAUCCCUCGCCACCAUCAUGAUGCUCUUCUGGACGGACUUCUUCACCGCUCUAGGCAAGGCUGGAUCACCUCAGGAGUUCGUUAAGUUGACUUCAGGUGGCCUACGUUGUCACUUCCACUGGGGCGGAGACUGCGGCGCCACAGCGCUCUAUGGCUGGCUGGUUGCGGCGCUGCAUGUGGCCUUCCUGGUGCUGGUGGGCCGGGUCCUUGCUGCCUCCCACUCCAUGAUCUUCACGCUGGCCACCACGGCCAUCGCCCUGCCCGUCCAAGCUCUGUGGUGGGCGCUGUUCACCAUUGGUGGCCCUCUUGGCAUGCAAUGGCACCCUCAAGUAACAGGAGAGUUGAUAUUUAGCCUCCUGGGUCUACCCAUCAUGAUUGCCUGCCUUGCUUUCUGGAGCCACAUUGAUCGCCGCGACAAGCUCCGAUCCAACAACUUUCCACUCACUUAGCACGGCAAGGAGCGCCAUUGGAUGGGAGCCACCGGCCAAACUUCCCAAAACAGUUCGAUAAAUUCAUUCCAGAACUAGGGAUCAGCUGGGGUAGGGGGGGUUCUAGGUGAUACAGUGUAAGUAAAUAUCUCCAUCUGGACGAACUGGUGCAGUUACCCCGGAAUAAUUCCACUCAGCAUUAAAACUUCUGUACAGUGGACCCCCGCUUAACGAUCACCUCCAAAUGCGACCAAUUAUGUAAGUGUAUUUAUGUAAGUGCGUUUGUACGUGUAUGUUUGGGGGUCUGAAAUGGACUAAUCUACUUCACAAUAUUCCUUAUGGGAACAAAUUCGGUCAGUACUGGCACCUGAACAUACUACUGGAAUGAAAAAAGUUCGUUAACCGGGGGUCCACUGUAUACGGGUUGUCCUCGACUUCCGAUGGUUCGAUUUACGUUAUUUCGACUUCACGACGGUGUAAAAGCAAUUACCGUGGAGAUGAAACUUAAUUAACAAUCAUGAAGGUGACAAGUCCAUAAUUUAUAUUUAUUUAUUAACUUUAUUUUACAGGUAUUUAGUUACAGUAAUUAUUUAUUUAAUUAUUCAGUGGCAGUUUAUUUUUGUUUAUCAUAUAUUCGUAUUCGACUUGCAGCGGGUUCACUGGAACACAACCCCUCUAAGUCCAGGACCACCCGUUUAGUGCAAUUUUUUUAACCCGUAAACGGUCCAAACGUAUAUAUACGUUUUUUCAACAUUUGAAAGUAUGUCAAAAAAGUAGAUCUUCUUUUGUUUUUUACAUUAGAAAAUGUGUAAAAAAACUUUGAUCCUUUUUUUUUUUUUUUUUUUUUUGUUAUAUUUGAAAAUAUGUAAAAAAAAAAAACGUAGAUCUACUUUUGUAUCACUACACAUGUGAACGUAGAUCUGCUUGGACCGUUUACGGGUUAAAUGCUAUUGAAAGUGCAUCCCAAAUUAAAUAGUACAUGGAAACGCCCUCAUAAUACCUCGGUAACACAGCUUCCUGACCGCCGCCAUAAAACCAAUAUCUAUUAAAGAAAAUCACAGCCUUUUUUUUCACUUGCCAUUCAUAAAAAAGUCGACAACAUGUUUACACUGUCAUUUAUUGUGUGAGCACUAGGCCUAAAAAAAAGAUGCAUAAAUAAAGUUAAUAAAAAUUAAUAUUGCUGACAAGUAUCUUAAGGGCAAGACAAGUGCCAAAAGUAUCAAACAUGAAUAUAAUUGAAAGCUCAGUACAGUACGUCUUUAACUUUCGAACACGUUGGGGACCUGUAUUGUGUAUAUCAUCCAUAAUACAGGAAGUCUUCAACUUCUGAACAUGUUGGGGACCUGUAUUGUGUAUAUCAUUCAUAAUACAGGAAGUCUUCAACUUCUGAACAUGUUGGGGACCUGUAUUGUGUAUAUCAUUCAUAAUACAGGAAGUCUUCAACUUCUGAACACAUUGGGGACCUGUAUUGUGUAUAUCAUUCAUAAUACAGGAAGUCUUCAACUUCUGAACAUGUUGGGGACCUGUAUUGUGUAUAUCAUUCAUAAUACAGGAAGUCUUCAACUUCUGAACAUGUUGGGGACCUGUAUUGUGUAU